AUAGGAGCGUCUUCAUCAAAAGGUCAAGGAGUGAGGAGAGGUUGGGGGAGGGGGGGGGGGCCUGACCCUCUAUGGCCAAGAUGAGUCUGGACCCCGUGCAGGUGAUGAGCGGCCAGGUGAAGGAGCUCAGAGUUUCCCCCUCGGCCAACGGGGCCGGCGGAGGGUCUCGGGAGGAGGAAGAGGAGGCGGAGCCCAGAGCGGUGGCGGGGAGACGAGUCCGGAAGGUGGAGGGAGGCGUGUUUUUUCCGAAGCCGGAGAACGCGGUGACCGUGGCGGUUUCCUCCCGCGUCUUGUUUCGGACGGAGCGGGAGCAGAAGGUGUUUGAGGAGCGAGGGGUGGAGGAGUACCUGAGAUACCAAAUCGAACACGAGAACGAGCCCUUCGCCCCCGGACCGGCCUUCCCCUUCGUCAAGGCUCUGGAGGCGGUGAACGCUCGUCUGCGGGAGCUGUACCCGCAGAGCGACGAGCUGUUCGACAUCGUGUUGGUGACGUACAACCACGCCCACGUGGGGGUCCGGCUCAUCAACACCAUCAACCACCACAACUUGUUUAUCGAGAGGUUCUGUAUGACGGGGGGAAGCAGUCCCAUUGGCUACCUGAAGGCCUGGCAGACCAACCUCUACCUGUCUGCCGACGCCGACAAGGUCCGGGAGGCGCUGGCAGAAGGCAUCGCGGCGGCCACCAUGUUCGUGGCGGAGAAGGUGACGGAGGUGUCAGAGUCCCAGCUGAGGGUGGCGUUCGACGGCGACGCCGUCCUCUUCUCCGACGAAUCGGAGCGCAUCUUCAAGGCCCACGGGCUGGACAAGUUCUUCGAACACGAGAGGGACAACGAGGACACGCUGCUGGACCACGGUCCCCUGAAGGGCUUCCUGGAGGCCCUGGGGAAGCUCCAGAAGAAGUUUUACGCCAAAGGCCAGCGCCUGAACUGUCCCAUCCGGACGUACCUGGUCACGGCUCGCAGCGCGGCCAGCUCUGGGAUCCGUGCGCUGAAGACGCUCAGGGCCUGGGGCCUGGAGAUCGACGAGGCCUUGUUCCUGGCGGGGGCGCCCAAGGGCCCCAUGCUGGAGAAGAUCAGGCCUCACAUCUACUUUGACGAUCAGAUGUUUCACGUGGAGGGCGCGGCCGAGAUGGGCACCGUCGCUGCCCACGUGCCCUACGGCAUCGCGCAGAAACAUGACCAGAAACACAACGCCGGCGCGAGGAAGUAGACGCCGGAAUCCUCCGGCCCAGAAACAGAAGCAGAGAAGGAGAGAAGGGGACGGGGUAAACAUCACGAGAGCGAAGCGAAGCUGUUUCUGCGAGCAUGAAAAAAAGAUGAACUUGUUCUGAAUUGUAUUUGGGAAUGCAUCAUUUCCAUGAUGAAGCACUUGCAUUGUAAGUUUGUUCAAUCACAAUGUAAACGGCGUCAUCCCAAUGCCAUCAUGUUCGGGGUUGUAUAAAGGUAGAGGUCAAGUAGAGGUCACUAAAGCUUAAUACGUGUCCAAUCUUGAUUUUAUGUGGUGAAUUCAAAGGUGCUUGAUGGCCACGGGGAAAAUAACACAAAUGAAUAAGCCCAAAGCACAAUGCACAGAUAUAUUAGUCACAACGUAUCCCCAAACUACGGUUCGUACGAUAUACUACAAAAAAGCGAGCCGGCGACGCGUGAGGAUUUCCGCGCCUUGCUUCCGUACGGUGACUCGGUUAGAUUGAGGACGAGAUCGCAGUUUACCUUACGAUAACCGAGGAAGUGUCGUUACGGAAGGCAAGUUACGUGAAAAAAACGUCAACAAUGACGGCCAGGGUGGGAUUUAGUGGAUUUUAAAUUACAUGUUAUUUAGCUGACGCUUUUAUCCAAAGUGACUUCCGAUCAUAUUACGAUCAUAUACCGUAGACGCAGCUACAGGGAGCAAUUCAGGGUUAAGUGUCUUGCUCAAGGACACAUCGACUAGGGUGGGGAUUGAACCUCCAACCCCCUGAUUGAAAGACAGACCUGCUACCCACAGUCACCACUUUAAAAUGUCCGAAUUCAAAACAUACACAAACAUUUCAUGGGAUAUCUACGAAUCACACAUGGUUGUUUUUUGUUGUCGUCGUAGGUAAAGCUACGAAUGCUGGACGACACCAGCUAGUGACGUCCCGUAGCUCAAGAGACGUAGAAUAACCUGUCUCAGAUUUUAAUAAGAAUGUUAAAUUUGUUUGUUUUUGCAAUUCUACAGAAUGGGUUUUUUUCGAACUGGAGAUGGCGACGUUAUGUACUAUUGCAUUUAUCCAAAGCGAAUAAUAGAAAGCCAAACGUUUCAGUUGGUGCCUUAGCUUCAAUGAAGACACAGUUUCUUUAGUCCCUCUGUAUUGGUCCAGAAUGAGAUAUCUCCUUCACUGUUGGGUGGCUUGCCAUGAAGUUCAGUCCAGACAUGUACAGUCUGCCGAGAAUGAAACCCGGUGAACAUGGUGUGGAUCACCUGACCUUUCAUGUCGCUUCACGGGUCACAAACUGUACUUAAAAGCAAGUUCGACACCUCAUUUCAAAGGAAGGACACCUCCCAAAUAAAAGACUGAUGUCCAUCUCCCUUAGAGUAAGAAGCCGUUCUGAGUAUCGCACUUUUGACACCAACAUGGCUUUAGCCAAAGAAAAGCUACUGUUUGCACCAAAUGUUGAAUUCACACAACACGUUGGCUGUUCCAGUGUAUAGAAGGAGUACCCAUCGUCACGGGCCUUGUGUAUAUCGGUUUAUAUCUGAUAUUCCAUCCUCUUCCGUGCAGGCCGUCAUGGGUCCUCACCAACGAGUUGCUCCACCCACAUCCGUCUUGACUUUGAGUCCCGCCCUGCUCCGGUGGCAUUGACGGAUGUUACAGUUUAAAGCAAUUCAACGACAUCGACGAUCAAUAGUCAAAAGGGCAAAGACGUACCUCGGCGGCGUGACGUCCUUCAUUGGCAACAUCUUUAAAAUGUCACUCCGUCACUCCGGUGGCAGAGACCUUGGGAAUCUUGCACCGUUGGUACAUUUCCCGUAAUCACUCUUCUGAGGACCUUGAAGCUCGUAAGUGACGAGCAAUCCGCCCGACGACACGUCAUUUACACGGAGCUACGUUUGAACGUUACGACACAUUUAUACAUUUACGAGAAAAUAAAAUGUACAUGAGCACGAAUGAAGAUGUCAAUUAAACCUUUUGCUUUUCAAGAGGAACACAUACUCUGUUUCUGCAUUGAGUCACUGGGGUGCACUACUUCACGCGACCACUGGGUGGCAGCACUGGAAUGAUGAAUGAGCUGCUGCAGCGACUGGUCUCCACUCCCAUGUAGGAUGAACACAAUCUUCACUCGCUGUUAGAUUAUCACACGCAUUAAAGUUUCUAAAAUUA